AUGCCGGCGAGCGUACGUCCUGACUUCCGCUGGACCUUCAAUGAGGGAGGUUUCCUAGACAUGUCUGACGAUGAUAACAGGGAGACGCUCGAGAAUCUUAGCAAUGCUAGUGUUCUUGCCCGCUGUCGACAGCACCUGCGCGAGUGCGACCGUCGCCAACGUCUAUUCGCCGGCGCCAUUCAGCGCUUCGAGAUGUACAACCAGUUCUUCGCCAGUUCUUGUGACAAAGCCUAUCCCAACGGGCCUUCCGAAGUAAUUGCUACCUUGCAUGCAGUGCGACGCGCAGGCGACGAGCUCUUUCCCCCUCGACGCGAACUCACCCUUGCCGUGUCCAGGUUGCGCCACUUCGUCCUGAGCUUGAUCGAGCGGCUAUCACCGACUAGCAGCGUACGGAACGAGAAUUCAGUCCUGUUCAACGAUCUUACCCAUGACUACGAGGACGAUGAGAAUGUGAUCCGCAUCACAAUAAUGAAUGUUACUGCCGAGAUGGGUGCCGAUCCGAAGAAGAAGCUGGAGAUGUUCAUGAAGACUUUCAAGACGAGACUCGAUUUGCUUAAGUUGCAGUGGGGGAGGCUGGAAGUAAUCGCAAAGGAGUGCUUGGGGGAGCUUGAAGACGACUUUGCGGAGCUUUAA